UCAUCAUCAUCAUUAUCAUUAUCAAUCAAUAGCUUCUUUUCUGGCUUCGGAUCAACAGCAACACCGCACGCGCCAAUUUAUUCAGGGUCCUUGGUGGAGCUCACUUUAUCGUCGAAUCACAGUAGCCCCCGAGAAACAAGCAUCCACUAAAGAGAAGAAGCUUGACUCUGGAAGAAAUACCAUGGUUGACAGCACUCAUAAUCACCAUCGUCAGCAGUCGUCUAAUGAUCAUCCAUUAGCCGUCAUACCUUGUCAACGUCAAUUCAAUGCGACUGCAGUCGUGCAUGGUAGCCCACUUAUCAAGAGCUGGUUACGCCAUCCCUUCGAUUGGGUGAAUGAUGCACGUACCCAUGCGAUCGUCCAGCAGGAGGAGCAAGACCAGAAGCAACUCCAGCAUGUCCAAAACGACACCCAGUCUCCAGAGAAUACGAUGGCUGGGCAAAGCCCAGACCAGUGCUCAUCCAUAUCAUCGUCUAGCCGAUUCUCGAUCACAUCGACGAUUUCAUCUGCAUCAACCACGACAAGUACGUGUGUAACCUUUAACAACGACCCUUGUUGUAUAACCACAGCAUCGGAUGUGGAUACCGCAACAACAGUAGUGUCAGCAACGGAAGAAGGCAAGCACCUGCAAAAAGCGGAUGUCGUUCUUCAUCGGCACCAUACGGGAAAUAGCUUGCGACUUUUAAGUGUCUGGCUCGUUACACAUUUGUUACUACAAACAGCCCUAUGUAUUGCAUUGACAUCAGCAUGGCAGCAAGAAACGCAUGUGACGACAGCAACGACGGUGCACGAACCACAACAGCGGCUACAUUAUGCAAAACAAAGCAAACCAAAACACCACCGCCAACAACAACAACAACAACAAAAGAGCAGGCGAUUGGCUGCUAUAACCGACAACCGUGGUAGCACUGCAUUAGCUUCUUUUGCCGCAUCAUCCGGCCUCACUGUCGCCAUUCCAAAGUGCUGGCCCCCUCUGACCGGAAGCAAAAUUAUUAGCGAUACCGUUCAAGCCAUGGGCCCCCCUAUGGCGACUUUGUGGGCUGAGCACGAACGGUCCAUGGCUUUGUAUAAGGAACGAUUUUCCGUACGACCUACUGAACGGCGAGACCAUAUGCGAAAACAACGCCGAUACCAUUACCAUCGACACCGUGACAACGACAAUGAUUCAUCUUCAUCAUCGUCCGGCGAGCUUGAGUAUACCAGACCUGAAAGCCAAGCAGUCAUGGAUCUCGCACGCGAAACACUGGAGUAUUUUGAACAGUGGUAUGGCGAUCAUAGCGAGCAACAACGGGCUGUUGAUGAUUCUGCAGAAAUGAAAACAAUCCAUUGGUUGCGCCAAGUGACCGUGACCUAACUUGUUUUUGCUCGAUACAACAGUAAUAAUAAUAGUAUAAUAACAGCUAGUAGUGUAAGCGAUAAUACUUUCUCAUGUAAUCAUUGUACAGUUCUCAUCUCUUACCUUUCUCCCCCACACCCCACCCCCCCCUGUUUGCAUCAUUUUUCUCAUCAUCAAAAGUAGCGCUUUUUCUUGUCACCACAUUCUUCAUGUAUACAUAGUUUCUAGCUAUUUGUUUUAAUCAUUAAAGUAGUACAAU